AACAUGGCCGCCUAGAGGAGUGACAGAAGUGUUUUAUUAUAUCUUGCUCUAUCUUUAGGAAAAAUUGAUAUGCAGCGAGAAUUGCUAAAAAGCAAGUUACCACCAGGAUUGCCUACACCCAAUGACAGAACUGGAUUGGCUCUGAAGCGACGACGAGAUUAUUCACAAGUUAGCUGGGAAAACUAUUUUGAUUCUUGUCAAGAUGUGAAUGUUGGUGAAAACAGUAUAUUUAGAAUUUAUAAGUCUGGUUCCAGUGGCCCUGUUCUUCUAUUACUGCAUGGUGGUGGAUUUUCUGCAUUGUCAUGGUCACUUUUCACUGCAAAGGUCACAUUAUUGUCAAACUGUCAGGUUGUUGCUGUGGAUUGCAGGGGUCAUGGAGACACGAGAACACUUAAUGAUUUGGACUUGUCAAUUGAAACGUUGACAGAUGACGUUCGUUGCUUGGUUGAAACAUUAUAUCCUGAGGAUUCUCCUGAAAUUAUUUUGAUUGGCCACAGCAUGGGCGGUGCGGUUGCAGUUCAUACGGCAGCUAAAUGUCUAAUUCCUUCUCUCAUUGGGCUUGUUGUUAUCGACGUUGUGGAAGGAACAGCUUUGGAGGGUUUGUCAGUUAUGCAAAGCUUCCUUAAAGGCCGACCCAAAAGUUUUAAUUCCAUAGAAAAAGCUAUUGAAUGGAGUGUUCGCAGUGGUCAAAUACGUAAUCUUGAAUCUGCCAGAGUUUCAAUGCCUGGACAACUGAUGAAAUGUACAAUUGAGUCUGGCGGACAAUCAGAAUCUAGCUCAAAAAUAGGUUCGUCGGGUUUAUAUGUCAUAUCAGAAGCUUCAGAAAAGUCGUCAGAUAAAUCCGAUGACAAUGAGGCUAGUGAGGAACGAUAUGAAUAUCAGUGGAAGAUAAAUCUGUCUGAAACAGAUAAAUAUUGGGAAGGCUGGUUUAAAGAUAUGUCAAGGUUAUUUCUUUCGUGUCCUGUACCAAAGCUUCUUCUUGUGGCAGGUCGAGAUCGUUUAGAUAAAGAAUUGACUGUUGCCCACAUACAAGGAAAGUUUCAGCUUCAUUUAUUACCAAAGUGUGGUCAUGCGGUACAUGAAGAUGACCCUGAGAAGGUUGCAGAAAUGUUGACGAUGUUUAUGGCUAGACACAAGUUUGCUGAACUCAAGCAAUCCUGCCAAAGCUACAUGCCUUGUUGUUAAGAUACAUUGGACACCCUGUGGAGAUACAAAAGACUAUAGAGUACUUAAGUGUACUUGUGAGGAUGACCAUUGAUAUUCGCAUGCAGUGAAAUGAAUUGUUGGGAGUCUCUUGCUAUCUUUGCAUGUUGCAUGUUUUCUUAUCUUUAUAUAACAUCUCGCUCAAAAGGUGGUCUUCAAGCCUGUCAUAGAAAAAAGGUUUGAAAGUGCAAAUGAAUGGGUGUAUAUUAAACAAUUACGCAGAAAAAUUGCGUUCCUGCAGGUCAAUAAAAUGGUCCCUUUUAAUUAAUCCCAUGAUUUGUGGAAGAUAAUCAAAGUGACGUUUCUCGCCGAGUGGAUACGCUAUCGUGCGAGGGUUGAGAUCUCCAACUCCAAUUAAUAUGAACACGAGUUUCAGAAUCAGGUGUAAAAGAUCGGUAU